GAGCUCGUUGUAACCUUUCCCCCAAUCCCUUCUUCCUCUUCGCCCGAUCCCGCAUAAGUCGGCCGUCGGCGAAUAUUCACAAGGUGCCACUGGUGGUACUGCAGGCCACGCACCGGAGUCGGAGCCUUAAUUUUUACAUUCCCUUUUCUUGUAUAACGUGGUUCUUGCAGUGCAACUUCCGCUUCCUCUCACCUUUCUUCUUUACUAUUUACGUCCUCAUCGACGUCCCUCUCAGACAUCCCGACGUUUGACGUCCUUACGACGCGUCCUAUAUCUUAAUUCAAACAUGCCACGCACCCGUGCCCAAAGUCGCGCCAGUGUGGCCGAAGACAAGAAGUCAAAUGUGAAGAAAGUGACUUGUACAAUUGAGGGAUGUGACAAAAGCUUCUUACGACGCUCGGACAUGCAACGACACCUUAGCACUCAUCCCACCCAUCCCAAACACCGAAACUAUAAAUGUCCAGACUGCGAGCAGGGUUUCAACCAGCGGAGCGCACUUAAUUGCCACAUAAACGCACACCGAAAUCUCAAGCCUUAUGGAUGCGAUAUCGGCCCGUGUACGAAGGCGUUUGCGGACCCUUCUUCUAGGGCGCGACACAGGAAGGAGAUGCACUCGGGCACCGUCUUCAAAUGUCCUGUUGUUAGCUGCAAGUCACAUUACAAGAGAGAAUCCAUUUUCACGGCACAUUUAAAGGUGAAACACAGGAUUUCAUCCACAAGGGCCCAACGCGAUGGGUGGAGAAUCCCUGAAGAGGAUGUUGAGACUCCUUUGAGGAUCAAGCCGAGGGCCACCCGGGCGAAGGCCAAGCCGCCCAAGUAUAGUAGCGACUCCGAAGAUGAAAUUCACGACGCAUCCCAGUUGAGCACUCCUUCCGCCACCUAUUCAAAUCAUUCGAGCGGGUCAGAGACCUCUUCUGUGCAUACCCCUCCUCCCGCGCACUAUUCCCCCCAGCAUACCCUUUCACCCCAGUACAUGCCAUCUCAGCCACUCAUGGGUGGUCUCGGUGAAGGCUUUUAUAUGCCGUCGCCCUCAUACGACUUCGAGAGCAGCCCAUUGAUGAUGAUGCCGGGAGUUCCCACAAUGUUGGAUCCUUUCUCUGAUGUGCACUAUGCGUAUAUUUCGCCAUCUCAUUCUCCCCUGUCUGGCUCUCCACAUAUACACUCUUCUCUUUCGCCGCCAUCGCAGUCACACUCCCCUGCACACCCUGUGGAUGGGAACACGGUGACGUGGGGUACCGAUGUCUCGGCACUGGAUAAUGACUGGACGCAGGGGUCGGUGUUGGGACUCCAUGGACUUUCUCCUAAUGGAUUGGUGUUCUGAACGAACGAUUAUGCUUGCCUUUCUCUACUUCUUGGUACGAAUGACGGAUGUCUGUUAUGACGAGACACGGACUUUGAACUUUGUUCAACAGUAUACCUACUUAUACCUUUGUACAGCUGUCUGUAUCCAUAGCCCACAACUGUACUAAUAGCGGUUCUGUACUUUUCUCCGGAUUGUAUCUUUUCUUGUCUUCAUACAGUACAAUGGGACUAAAUCAUUUCUAUCUUUU